AUGAACCCUCGCAAUCUGCCCGUCGUGCCAAUCUCUUUAUCCGGUCACUUUGCUUCCAACUCUCCGCAAUCCUGUGUCCCAGCAAACAGCCUACACGCUGUUUCAACAUCGCAAACUGUGACAAUUUGUUCAGACACAACUCCAGCGAGUACUUGGGGCAUCAAGACCACAUCGAUGCGGAGGGAGGGACGCAUCCCGGCUGGGGUACUUGCUCCAGGCUUUGGUCUCUGCCGUAUUGCCGUCCACGGAGCUAAAGACCCACCCCUUCACCAAUACGUUCAAUCCGACAAUGCACGCAACUUGUUCAACCACGGCGUAAUGCUUACGGCAUGUCUAAGAGAGCAGCGGCAGAUCUGGUUUUCGACAUUCCGAGAGCUUCAACCCUACAACCACCAGUUGAGUGGACAUGACUUGCAGAUUGCGGUUCUGAAUAGAGAUUUCAACAGCAAAGGUAACGAGAUAUAUCUCGAAACGGUGUUGCUCCUGAAGGAUAUUAGGGCUAUGCAAACUGAAAUGAAACAGAAACUCAGAAAAGGUGGACCAGAAACACUCAAUGUGUAUACCGUUGGGUUCCAUAACACACAGGCAGAGGGCCUACUAGGAUAUGCGACAUUCCCCACAGACUACAAGAGUCUCCCGAAGGACGACGGGGUUGUGAUCCAGUAUGGCACCCUUCCUGGGGGCAAUUUGGCUCCGUUCAACAAAGGCAAGACGCUCACACACGAAGUCGGUCAUUGGGUCGGACUUUACCACACUUUCGAGGGAGGAUCUUGUUCAUCGAGCGGCGAUGAAGUCUCCGACACCCCUGCCCAAUUAAAGCCUACAUCUGGAUGCCCCAUUGCAAACCCAGACACUUGUCCUGGCAAGGCUGGCCUCGAUCCUAUUCCUUUCAAAUUCUACGGCAAUAACGGCUCUGAUAGACAACUUUAUGGAUUACUCGGAUGA